ACUCUCCUUUCGAGGCCUGCUUGUCUUCAGCCACCCUCCAGUUAUACACAGAGUCUUUUUGAGACUUCAAGCCUUUUGCUUUUAACAGCAGAGUCAGUUACCCUUAAGAUUGCAACCAUGAGCACGAAGUCAGUCAGAGUUUCAAAGAGCUUCUCCAGUCAGUCCCUCUCUGGACCAGGCACCUACUCCAGCGGUAUGUCUGUGCGCCGCAGUGGGUUUGGUGGUGUUAGAUCAGCAGGUGGAUAUGGAGGUGGUGCAGGGGCCAACUACUCUUACAGCAGCAGCAGCAGUGCUGGAGGUCUGGGCCUUGGCAUUGGCAGUGGCUUUGGCAAUAUGUAUGGCGGUGGCAUGGGAGUCGUAUCUGCCCCUAUCACAGCUGUCACAGUCAACCAGAGCCUCCUGGCCCCCCUGAAUCUGGAGAUUGACCCUACCAUCCAGGCCGUUCGCACACAGGAGAAGGAACAAAUCAAGACCCUCAACAACCGCUUCGCCUCCUUCAUUGACAAGGUACGCUUCCUGGAGCAACAGAACAAGAUGCUGGAGACCAAGUGGAGCCUCCUACAGGACCAGACCACCACCCGCUCCAACAUUGAUGGCAUGUUCGAGGCCUACAUUGGCAACCUGCGCAGACAGCUUGAUGGGCUGGGCAACGAGAAGGUCAAGCUGGAGGGAGAGCUGAGGAACAUGCAGGGCCUGGUUGAGGACUUCAAAAACAAGUACGAAGAUGAAAUCAACAAGCGUGCAGCAGUGGAGAAUGAGUUUGUGCUGCUGAAGAAGGAUGUUGAUGGUGCCUACAUGAACAAGGUUGAGCUGGAGGCCAAGGUUGAUGCCCUUCAAGAUGAGAUCAACUUCCUCAGGGCCGUCUAUGAGGCUGAGCUUCGUGAGCUGCAGAGCCAGAUCAAGGACACCUCAGUCAUUGUGGAGAUGGACAACAGCCGUAACCUCGACAUGGAUUCCAUUGUGGCUGAAGUGCGUGCUCAAUAUGAGGAAAUUGCCAACCGAAGCAGAGCCGAGGCCGAGUCAUGGUACAAACAGAAGUAUGAGGAGAUGCAGACCUCAGCUGGACAGUAUGGUGAGGACCUACGCUCAACCAAGACUGAGAUCGCUGAGCUGAACCGCAUGAUUGCCCGUCUUCAGAAUGAAAUUGAAGCUGUCAAGGGACAGAGGGCUAGCCUUGAGGCUCAGAUUGCUGAGGCUGAGGAGCGCGGUGAGCUCGCAGUGAAGGACGCCAAGCUCCGCAUCAGGGACCUGGAGGAUGCUCUCCAGAAAGCCAAGCAGGACAUGGCCCGCCAGGUGCGCGAGUACCAGGAGCUGAUGAAUGUCAAACUUGCCCUGGAUAUCGAGAUUGCCACCUACAGAAAACUGCUGGAGGGAGAGGAGAGCAGGUAG